UAUAUAUGAGUGUCUUCAUAUAAAUAUUUAUAAAUUAUGACUAAUAAUAAUUAAUUAAUGUUAAUCGAUUAUUAAUUAAUAAUGAGUGCUUGAGGAUUUUUGUAUGGAUCUUUAAUAAUAAUACUCAAUAAUUGGUUUUGUUUUUUUAACCUGAAAUAAAGACAUUUAAAUGACAGUUUGGCCGCCAUAUUGUCCUCUGUCACGUGAUUUUUAAUGAAUUUCAGCGCGAAAAUUUAAAAAUAAUUUUUUUUUUUCAACUGACAUUUAUCAUAAUUGUUGCAACAAUGGGUAAAACAAGAGGUGUACAUGAAACAACACCAGAAUUGAGAAAUCGUAUGGUUGGAAUGUAUGAAGCUGGUCUAGGAUUACGUGAAAUUGCAGCAGCUGUUAAUUGUUCUCAACGAACAGUUAAAAGAUGGUUAAAUCGUUUUGAUAAAGAAGGAACAGUAGAAACUAGAGAAAGAUGUGGUAGAAAAAGAGCGACAACUAGUGAACAAGAUGAAGCUAUUAUAAGAUUAGCUACACAAACACCAAUAACAGCAGCAAAAGCUGUUCUUCCAGCAUUAGGACUUACUUGUUCAGUGGACACGAUAAGAGAGAGGUUACACAAAGCUGGAAUUCAUAACUGGAGUCCAUCGAGAAAACAUAUUCAGAAGAUUCCUCUCGGUGAUGCUGAUGGAGCUGCUAUUCAGCAGGCAGUGUGGCGUCCAACUGGUACCUUGUUGGGUAAAAAAAAAAGUCAGAAAUUUGAUGACAGCACAAAUAAAUCUGGCGCUGUUUUAAAAAAAAAAAUUUUAAGAAGAAAAGUAAAAUCGAAAAAUAAUGAUAUUGACACGGAAUCUUCAACAGAAGUAUCAAAACAGCAGCAAAGUGAACAAACGCAACAGCUACAGCAAGAUCAGUUGAAUUCAUCAUUCAAUUUUCAGCCAGAUAAUCUUAAUCAAGUGCAACAACCAUCUCAAACUGAUGAAAAUACCCAAAUCCAAGGAUCUUCACUAAUGAACAGCCAACCAGAGUUUAGCAAUGCCCUCAGUCUAGUAGUGUCAUCUCAAUCAAUUUAUCAGCAUCAUCCAGUAGACGUCACGCAAAACUGGCCAUUAGAUUUAGGACAAAGUUCUCAUCAUUAUCCUCAAAGUCAGACCCAAACUAUGACACUGCAUCAAUCGUCUUCCCAGCAGCAUCUUCAAGAGCUUCAUACGCCGCAAGAGCAGGAGCAACGCGCUGCCGAGGCUCAGAAUGUACAUGAUCAGCAUAUGCAAGAUCAUAAUCAUUCUAUUCAGCAACUAAAUCAUCACCAACAACAACAGCAUCAUCAUCAUCAUCACCAUCCUUUCGAUCAACCACAGCAUCAGUUAGAACAAAUCCAGCCUCAAUUACAGCAGUUACAAACCAGAGAACCUAGUAAAGUAGUACGGUCUAACAGUUGUUCAAAUUCAAGCAAUGACAAUAGUUCUGACAAUGACAAUGAUUUAAAUAAAGACAGCUCGAAAGAAUGUGAUGACAACUACGAUCGCAGUCGGUCGAGAAAAAAAAAAGGAGGCAAAGCCAAAGGAACUCUUGAAACUUCAGUGGAAAUUAGAAACAGAAUGAUUGGAAUGUCUGAAGCUGGAUUGUCGACACUCUCAAUUGCGCUGGCAAUAAAUAGAUCCGAGAGAACUGUCAAGAGGUGGCUUGAGCGUUGGAAUAAAGAGGGAAAUGUGCAGACAAAGGAGAGAAAAGGUCGUAGAAGAAUAACGACCAAAGAACAAGAUGCAGCAAUAGUCGCUAUGGCUACACAAAACCCACUGACUGCAGCCAAACACGUGGCUCCAGCACUUGGUUUAAAUUGCAGUGUUGAUACUAUACGUGAGAGAUUACAUAAAGCUGGAAUUCACAGUUGGAAACUUGGUAAAAAACAGGGUGAAGGCAAUGCCGUACACACGGUCCAUCUCUGGCAACCCAGCGGUAAUCGACCUAAUAAACCAAAAAUAAUAAAUAACGAUAAUAAUAAUAAAAAAAAGAAAACGCCAGAUAAAAAAGUAAAUAGUGGUUCUAAUAAUGUUAAGCGUUCGACAAAUAACAAUAACAAUAAUACUAAUAAUAAUAAUAAAAAGAAGAAGACUGAUGAAGCACCAAAAAAUGUAACGCCAACAUCGGGCAGCAUUAUCUGUAAUACAGAACAAAAUUCAAUUCAGCAGUAUCAUGACAAUAGUGGUGGCAUCACUUAUCCCUCAGCACCGAGUAUGAUGCAACCAGUUCAUAUUCCCCAAGCUCAAUCGUUAGUACCUCAACAACCACCACCACCACAGCCACAAGCUGUUCCUGCUCCACUUGUUUCUAUUCCGCCUCCUCCUUCUUCUGCUAUACCACAAGCAACAUCUGUUCCACAUUCGAUGCAACCACUGGGUCCUAUAAUGCAACGGCCUGAUUGUCGUAUGAUUUCAUCAAUUCCUACACAAAAUUCCGCCAUCAUUGGCUACUCUUCCUGCAUGGUUGGUAAUAACAAUCCUAUGGAUCAUCAGCCCGAUCCACUUAACUAUGAGCCAUUUAUUUGGUCAUUUUAAACUAUUAUUAUUAUUUUUUAUUUAUUUUAUUUUUAAUGAUCUCGAAUUUUUUUUUAUUAAUAGAAUAACAAAUAUUAUUAUGAUUAUUGUUAUCAAACCUUCACUUGGAAUUUGAAGUAAAAUAUUUCCAAAUUUUUAUUAUAUACAUAUUAAUAUGAAAACAGUACAAAU